CUUUUUAAGGUGUUAGCAUUUUUUGACUUUUAGGUUUUUUUCCCCCCUUCCAGUAGAUAAACUUAUCUCUUAACUGGCACAGUGAUAAGCCUGAAAAUUUUCAAAAUUGUAACCUAUUGGUUGUAACCUGAAAUAAUUACGUCAUGAUCGUUUAUCAAUAAGUUAUGCUCUUAGUUUCUUAGUUGAAAAAUUUGUUAAGAUUUGAGAAUGGGGAGGGAUUCGGAGGAGAUGAGCAGAGUAAACUGGUUCGACAGGACGGCGGCCCUCCUGGAACAGAACAUCGUCGGAGUGAAGAUCGGCAUCUACUCGGUGGCCGCCCUCGGCCUCGGGAUCGCGUUGAGGAGCGUCCGUCCUUUCGCCAAGUUCACCCGAUCUUCUCAGAUCCCGUCCCAUUUUUUCGAGAAGCGCAUCAAGCUCCACGGACGCGUGAUCGGUGUGGAAGCAGUUGCUGAAAAGAACCCGUUGUUGCUGGUCGACCACCACCCAAUCCUGGGCGCGCGUCUCAGGUCGGAGGCCGGCCUCCCUGUGAGCCUCGAGGGCGUCGACGUCUCCGGAAACGGUUUCGCCUGGCUCCAGGCCGUCGUCAAAGGCGAGAAGGUCGAGUUCGUCCUGUUGAAACCCCUCUCCGAAAGCGUUAGCUGCAUUGUCUAUCACAGGAGAGAUGAUGUCGCCACCCAGCUCGUCACACUGGGUUUCGCCUCUGUAGCACCCUACGACCUAUCGCUGGACAAAUGCAAGACUUACAGAAAGUUCUACCAGCGGUUGCUCAAAGAGGAAACCAAGGCGGAGAGGAAAAGAGUUGGCAUGUGGCAAGACAGCAAGAAGAUGUUCAAUAAUAUCUAUAAUUAUUUUUUACAGACAACUAAAAGGGUCAAAAUGAAUCUUCCGUGACGCUCGAAGUAUUUGUUUAAAUAUUUGAGACUUUACAAAAUUGCAUUGUGCCUCUAAAAGUAGACUGUAAUAAAAUAUUGUUUUUCUAUUUUUUCA